CGAAAAAUUCAGAUACGAAAUAUUCCACCUCAGCUCCGGUGGGAAGUACUGGACAGCUUGCUGGCUCAGUAUGGCACAGUGGAGAACUGUGAACAAGUGAACACAGAGAGCGAAACAGCAGUGGUGAAUGUCACUUAUUCCAACCGGGAGCAGACCAGGCAAGCCAUCAUGAAACUGAAUGGCCACCAGCUGGAGAACCAUGCCCUGAAGGUCUCUUACAUUCCUGAUGAGCAGAUAGCACAGGGCUCUGAGAAUGGACGUAGAGGAGGCUUUGGUUCCAGGGGUCAGCGCCAGGGCUCGCCUGUAGCAGCAGGGGCCCCGGCCAAGCAGCAACAAGUGGACAUUCCUCUUCGGCUCCUGGUGCCCACCCAGUAUGUGGGCGCCAUCAUUGGCAAGGAGGGUGCCACCAUUCGCAACAUCACAAAACAGACCCAGUCCAAGAUAGAUGUACAUAGGAAGGAGAAUGCAGGUGCAGCUGAAAAGGCCAUCAGCGUCCACUCAACCCCUGAAGGCUGCUCCUCAGCCUGUAAGAUGAUCUUGGAGAUUAUGCAUAAGGAGGCAAAGGACACGAAAACGGCUGACGAGGUCCCCCUGAAAAUCCUGGCCCACAAUAACUUCGUGGGGCGUCUCAUUGGCAAGGAAGGGCGUAACCUGAAGAAGGUGGAGCAGGACACAGAGACAAAAAUCACCAUCUCCUCGCUACAGGACCUCACCCUCUACAACCCUGAGAGGACUAUAACUGUGAAGGGGGCCAUCGAGAACUGCUGCAGGGCUGAGCAGGAGAUCAUGAAGAAAGUUCGGGAGGCCUAUGAGAACGACGUGGCUGCCAUGAGCCUACAGUCUCAUCUGAUCCCUGGCCUCAACCUGGCUGCUGUAGGUCUUUUCCCAGCUUCGUCCAGUGCAGUCCCACCGCCUCCCAGCAGCGUUACUGGGGCUGCUCCCUACAGCUCCUUUAUGCAGGCUCCAGAGCAGGAGAUGGUGCAGGUGUUCAUCCCCGCCCAGGCAGUGGGCGCCAUCAUUGGCAAGAAGGGCCAGCACAUCAAACAGCUCUCCCGAUUCGCAAGUGCCUCCAUCAAGAUUGCUCCACCUGAAACACCUGACUCCAAAGUUCGAAUGGUUAUCAUCACUGGACCCCCAGAGGCCCAAUUCAAGGCUCAGGGAAGGAUUUAUGGCAAACUCAAAGAGGAGAAUUUCUUUGGCCCAAAGGAGGAAGUAAAGCUGGAAACUCACAUACGGGUGCCAGCCUCAGCUGCUGGCCGGGUCAUUGGCAAAGGUGGCAAAACGGUGAAUGAGUUGCAGAAUCUCACAGCAGCUGAGGUGGUAGUACCGAGAGACCAGACCCCAGACGAGAAUGACCAAGUCAUCGUGAAGAUCAUUGGGCAUUUCUACGCCAGUCAGAUGGCUCAGCGGAAGAUCCGAGACAUCCUGGCUCAGGUGAAGCAGCAGCAUCAGAAGGGACAGAGCAACCAGGCCCAGGCACGGAGGAAGUGA